GCGCCCCUCCCCUUUCCCUCCUCCUCCUCCUCCUCUCGGGCAGGCGGUGGCGACUGCUGCGGGGCCGCGCGGAGCCUUCUGCACCCGCUCGCCAGGGCCGCCCAGGCCGGACUCCCAGCCCGGAUAUGGCUCGUGGACAGCAGAAGAUUCAGUCGCAGCAGAAAAAUGCCAAAAAGCAAGCUGAGCAAAAAAAGAAACAAGGACAUGAUCAGAAGGCUGCCGCCAAGGCUGCCUUGAUAUAUACCUGCACUGUCUGUAGGACACAAAUGCCGGAUCCCAAGACCUUCAAACAGCACUUUGAAAGCAAGCAUCCUAAGACUCCACUUCCUCCAGAAUUGGCUGAUGUUCAGGCAUAAAGUUGUCUACAGGUGAAAUCAUGGCACCUAUUGACUCUUCUACUGUCAGACCUUACAUAACAAACCUGCAGCUGCUUUUCUAAAACUGUUGAUCAGCAAAAAUGAAGGGGCUACAGAAACACUCAUAUUUUUAUGCUGUUCCCUCUUGGGCUUCAUGCAAAGACAAUUCUGUGUAAAUGUACAGUUGUGCCCUAUUUGGAAAUCCUGAAAAAUCAGUCCAUACUUGUUAUAAAAAAUUUUUUACAAUUGUAAUUAUAUUGAUGUUCAUAUUGUGUAAAAUAACUCAUUUAAUAAAGUAGUACUUUGAUUUUACAAUAUCACAGAUUAAAUCCUUGUAGAGGUUCUGUUUCAACUUUCUGCAUUAUCUGCCUUAUAAAAUAAUAAAAAAGACAAAGUGGAAUUUUCCCCAUCCUGCCAAAACAUGAGCAGUAUUAUUCCACUGAAAGUAAUGUACAUUACAGAAAAUUAAGAUUAAGUGAAGAGGAAAGCUGCUCAGAUUUACUGUUCAGUGUGCUGCCUGCUUGAGCCCAGUCACUUGUGGUCAAGUUGUUGGCUCAAGGUGCAGCAGACUCCCUAGAAGCUGCACAAGAAUAAUGAGACUUCUUUCUACAUUUUUGUCCUGUGUACUGGAGUCUAAUACUGCAAGCCAUUUUGAAUGGGAUAUCUUUACUGUGAGGGAUCAUCUUCUUGAAGACACUCUGGAAUGAAUUCUUAUGCUUGGUGUCCCUUUUAUAGCAGAGGAAGCUGAGGGGUGGCAGGACUGAGGGCUUCUGGGUGCGCUGGCUUGAAAAGUGUUUGCAAACACCAACGUUAAAGCAACUCUGCUCUUAGAUGAAAGAUUGAUCUGGAAAGAUUUUUAAUUAUAUUUUGAGCAGUCAACCACACAUAUUCCCCCUCAGAUGUGUGGUUAUUUCAGUAGCAACUCUUCAAGAAAUGCAUAAAAGAGCCAGCCAUUAACAACCUUCCUUCAGCCAUUAACAACCUUCCUUCCUUCCUUCAGGUUUUUUUCCUUCAAAACCUGCUUAAAAUAAGCCUGUUGGAAAAGCCAAAGAAACAAAACUAAUAUGGCUACCCUAAGAAAUCAAAUGUGAUUAAGGUUGCAUUGACAAGAAAAAGCUGGUUAAUAAUUCUCUGGACAAGAGCAUUUGAGCAGCUAAACAUAAUUAUCCUUAAAGUGUUCUGGGCUCAGAUCUAAUACCAGAUGUAUAGCACAGAAGUAGUGGAGGAACAUCUGAAUUGUGCUAGGUCUGCUAUACAAAAUCCCAUCUUUGGCAUUUGGGGGGGGGCGGCUUAUUUAAGAGCUUUAGUUUUGACCUUGCAGUAAGAAGCAAUAUUAAAUUUGCUGUGAUUUACCGAGGUUACAGUGGAUGUAAAAAUUCUGGCAGUCCAAGUAGCCCUUGCUACACAGCAGGUCUGUACAUCUGACCUUCAAAUGGCCUCCUAAGAUCUAGGACCAUAGUCUCAAAGACUCAUUCACUUAAAAGAAUGCACUUGGUAUUUUAUUAUAUAAAGUCAAAGCCUUUGUCUUUGUCCACUCAUUUGCUCUUUAUUGAACUACUUCUGUGAGAUUAGCUUCCUGUCCUCUUUGCUGUGACAGUAUCUGUAAAUACUUACUUUGGCAUAAAGCUUCUCUGUAUUAUAGUCUCUCCAGGUUAACCUGUAUACCACUUAACUUUUAUAGAUAAUGUUGUUCUCCUCUCAGAGUAAUCCAGUACUGCACUUGUACACCUGACUUGAGAAUGUAAUGCUUCUUUUAUUUUUCUUUAAUGUUAUCAAUUCGUAUAUCCUGAAAAACUGGCUUCCACAAGACAAGAAAUCUGCUUUUGACAUUUGUGCUGUAUGGGGGAAGAGAUCCAUGAGUGUUCUGAUGCUGUAGUUUGUCUAAAAAUAUGCUGAGUGCAAAUGGAUAAAGGUGUUUCUUGCACUGACUGGUGUUUGAUAAUCUGGUUUUACUUUGGAAAAUGUUCUGGGAUGUAUCCCUAUAACUCGGUCCUGAGGUGAAGUAUAUGUUCUAUUCCUUCAGUUCAGAUUGUGUAGCAUUAAAUAAAAAGAUUUUGUUUCAUAAA